AGAGGUGCGCGAGCCUCGGCCGCCCGCACAGCGCACACUGUCCGGCGCCCGCUCCCCGAGAAACGGCGCGAUGACCGCCGAAGAGACUAAGACCGCCGAGAAUGGGGCGCAGUCGGCGCCGCUGCCCCUCGAGGGGGUGGACAUCAGCCCCAAGCAGGAUGAAGGCGUGCUUAAGGUCAUCAAGCGAGAGGGCACAGGCACAGAGAUGCCCAUGAUCGGGGACCGAGUCUCUGUCCACUACACAGGCUGGCUACUAGAUGGCACCAAGUUUGACUCCAGCCUGGACCGCAAGGACAAAUUCUCCUUCGACCUGGGGAAAGGAGAGGUCAUCAAGGCUUGGGAUAUUGCUGUAGCAACCAUGAAAGUGGGGGAAGUGUGCCACAUCACCUGCAAACCAGAAUAUGCCUACGGUUCAGCCGGCAGUCCUCCCAAGAUUCCUCCCAAUGCCACGCUUGUGUUUGAGGUGGAGUUGUUCGAGUUCAAGGGAGAGGACCUGACAGAAGAGGAAGACGGUGGGAUCAUCAGGAGAAUACAGACCCGGGGGGAAGGCUAUGCCAGGCCCAACGAUGGUGCCAUUGUGGAGGUUGCCCUGGAAGGGUACUACAAGGACCAGAUCUUUGACCAGCGGGAGAUCCGCUUUGAGGUCGGCGAAGGGGAGACUAUGGACUUGCCUUGUGGGCUGGAGAAAGCCAUUCAGCGCAUGGAAAAAGGAGAGCAUUCCAUUGUGUACCUCAAACCCAGCUAUGCGUUCGGCAGUGCUGGGAAGGAAAAGUUCCACAUCCCACCUAAUGCUGAGUUGAAGUAUGAAGUACACCUCAAGAGUUUUGAGAAGGCCAAGGAGUCGUGGGAGAUGAGCUCAGAGGAGAAGCUGGAGCAGAGCAGCAUUGUGAAGGAGCGGGGCACUGUAUACUUCAAGGAAGGCAAGUACAAGCAAGCUCUGGUGCAGUACAAGAAGAUUGUGUCCUGGCUAGAAUAUGAGUCGAGUUUCUCUAACGAGGAUGCACAGAAGGCACAGGCUCUUCGGCUGGCCUCCCACCUCAACCUAGCCAUGUGUUAUCUGAAACUACAGUCCUUCUCGGCUGCCAUUGAAAACUGUAACAAGGCCCUGGAGCUGGACAGCAACAACGAGAAGGGCUUCCGCCGGGGAGAGGCCCACCUGGCAGUGAAUGACUUUGACUUGGCUCGAGCUGACUUCCAGAAGGUCCUGCAGCUCUAUCCCAGCAACAAAGCCGCCAAGGCCCAGUUGGCGCUCUGCCAGCAGCGGAUCCGUAAGCAGCUUGCGCGGGAGAAGAAGCUCUAUGCCAACAUGUUUGAGAGGCUGGCAGAGGAGGAGAGCAAGGCCAAGGUGUCAGGAGACCAGCAGGCAGACACAGAGAUGAAGGAGGAGCAGAAGAAUGAUGUGGCAGGGCGCCAGCCUCAGGUGGAGGCGGAAGCAUAGCCUCUCCCCAGCCCUGCUCCUGCAGCUGCCUGCCUCCCCUGCUCCCUACCCUACUCCACCCUGUUAGUUUUGUAAAAACUGAAGAAUUUUGAGUGAAUUAGACCUUUA